CCAUCUCGACUUUUGUUGCGCGCGUCCACGUCAGCGUCAAUGCCUCUACUGUUCGUGGGCCGCAAUACAAGUAUCGUGGGCAUGGUUGUGCACUUGCUGCGUGACGUUGGCAAGGUGUAUUCUGAGCUUCUCUUAUUGCCAAGGAUUUGGACAUUGUCAUCCUCCGAUCACGUAGAUUCGAAGUGGUCGAACAGAUGGACUGACAAUUCCGCAACCGCUUCUGAGUCUGCCGAGCAGCGGUCGAGGUCUGGCUCAGAUUCCUCGCAAACAACCACCCCUGGCUACAGAGAUUUCACCUGGAACUACGACAACCUCUCCCAGUUGCCAGAGGAUGGCAAUGUCUUUGACCAGUUGAACAUCCAUGAGGCGGAGGAGUCGGGGGGUCUGGCUGCAGAUUUUGGGCCUAUUGAAGAGCCAGAAGAGAACCGUGAGGUUGUUAACGAAGCUGCGGUGCCAAACAUGCUGGUUCACGACUCCGAGUUGAACCAGCUUAAAGGGCGGAUCAAUGAUGGGGUUGAGGCCGAUGAGCAAGUUCCUCUUUAGCCGGUCGACCUCCAGGUUGCUUAUCAGCUGCAGAUGCCUUCCAUCCGACGUACUCCUCUCGACUCAA